GGCCCACAACGGCCACGGCACAAUCUUUUUUCACGGCAAAUAAAUAUAUUUCCACGGCACAGUUAUAUAUUUACACGGCACAUGUAUAUAUUUCCACGGCACAGUUAUAUAUUUACACUGCGAAGUUAUAUAUUUCUCACGGCACAGUUAUAUAUUUACACGGCACAGUUAUAUAUUUCUCACGGCACAGUUAUAUAUUUCGCACGGCACACUCUCAUAACGAGGCGUGUAGCGAGAGAAAGGAACCAGAAAAGGAAACAUGGCGGAAAAGGAGCAGGACUUUCUCUACUGCUGCUCGUGCUCAGCAAAAUUGCGAUUAAAUUGCAGAUAUUGCUGGCAGUGCCAAGCUGAUCAGCAAAUUGUUGGCCCUCCUAACAGGGUUCAAUCAAGCAGUGCAGGCCAAACUGCUAUUCCAGCACAGUCUUUUGGAAGACCCAACAGACCUGCCAAGGCAAUGAGCUUUGGAGCCUUUUGUAAGGCAAAAAAUGUGAAUCGGCAAGAUUGCAUAAAUAAGCCAAACAAGAAAAUGAGAAAGGCAGAUGAAGACGUGUCAAUUUUUAUUGGAAGGAAACAGUUAUCAGAAGAAAAGACGCUGAAAACAAUGUGGGGCAAGCGAUUACCAAUAACUGUCCCAAAAAAUGGAACAUAUGCUAUCAUACUAGACAAGGCUUUAAGAAAGUGGCAAGCAUUUGAUCGUAACUUCAGUAAUGAAGAGGAGUACGUUUUGGUGUAUGAUGAUGGCAGGCAUGCCCAGUUUAUGCCUGGAGGGUAUAAACAUUUCUUCAAUUUGCUUGAUUACCGGAAUGAACUUGGAAAAGACUUCAAGCGAAUAACUUUGUAUUUGUGCACUUUGGGAGACCAUAUGGUAGCUGAGGGUCUCUUAAGCCCCUUUUCUGAUGCAGGUGACACUAUAGAAGAUGAAAUAGUAGCCACCAGCCCAGAUAACCAAUCAAUAUUGGUGCCAAAUUUGUUUGAUUUGGAACAAGUACAAAUUGAACCAAUCUUUUCUGUUGAUGAUACACAAGAAGAUAGGUUAGAUGAGGCUGUUGCAGAUUCAAUGAAAGUGAAUCUGACACCACAUAGUGUUAGCAAGCAAGAAGACCAAGGAAUUGAGUAUGUACUUGCUACCCUAAAGUCUAAAGUCAAUGAAGAAAGUCAUUUUUUCCUUGUUUGUUGUCGCUCAGCACCACUUGCAAGACUACUAAAACUAUGGAAACGCCAAGCAAGCAUCAGCACUGUUACUGCAACUGUCAGAGUUAAAUAUGCUGGUGAGGAUGGUAUAGAUCAGGGAGCCAUAGCAAAGGAAUUUUUCACUGAAUGUGUCAGCAGUAUUGGUAAAGAAAUGUUUCCUGGUGGAACACCUUUAAAUUCUACUUACCAUAUCCAAAAUGGUAAUUUUAGAGCCUGUGGUGAAAUUAUUGCUGCUAGCAUUGCACAAGGAGGCCCAUCACCUUUGUUUCUUGAGCACUGUGCAUAUGAUGCUAUUCAUAGCAAAGUGAACAUGCUAAAAAUUCAGGAGAAUGAUCUAACAAGACAGGAGAAAGAAACAUUAAAGCAAAUAAAGAAAGACUGUAAUGCAUACAGUGAAACCAUCAUAGAUCACAACUAUACAGGUCCAAUCAAUCAAAUACAUUGUGAAGGCAUCAUAAAUUCCUUGAAGGUUUCCUUUGUGAGCCAGCGCCAGAUGUACAUGGCUGAGUUCAGCAUAGGCCUCAAUGCUUAUGGUUUGAAAGAUCUUAUCUCUAAGAACCCAGAAGUGUGCAGCAAAUUAUUUGUUAUAAAUGAAAUGGACCCAAAUCCAGAUGCGAAUUAUCUAUACAGCAUUCUAUCACCUGUUUAUUCAGAUGCUGGCUCAAUUCGCAGAAAAAUGGAAGAGGAAAUAAUGGAUAUAUUUCAAGACAUUUUGAUACAAAUUGAAGAUACAAAAGUGUCUGGUCAUGAAGUUGCUGUUGCAUGGCAGGAAUUUGACGAAGCAGAAGAUUCAGAGAAGAUAAAGGAUAUAUACCAGUCUCCUGAGGUAUCAGUUCCAAGGAUCAUGGGAUGGCUAACAGGCCAACAACAUAAACCAUUAGACCAAAGUGAACCAUUUGAAAUCACUUGUCGCUUUGAUCAUGAUUGCCUUGUCAGAAACCCUGUCCAUACAAUCUGCUUCCCAGUGGUUGGAGCUUGUGGAAGGGAGCUCGCAUUGCCAGUUAACCACAUGAACACUGCAGAAACAUUUCUAGAUGUGUUUAUCACAGCAUAUUGCAAAGGAAAUGCAUUUGGAAUACAUUGAAGACAGUUUUAGUUCACUAUGAUAGGUUUCACUAGAUGCUUUGCCAGUUGUUAAUGUUCAAUUGUUCUAUAUAUCUUCAAAAUUUGUUAUGUUCAAUUAUUCUAUCUUUACAAUUUGCUUUGUUCAAAAAUUCUAUAUAUCUUUGAAAAUUGUUAUGUUCAAUUAUUCUAAACAUCUUUAAAAUUUGUCAUGUUCAAUUGUUCUAUUUAUCUUCAAAAUUUGUUAUGUUCAAUUAUUCUAUAUAUCUUUACAAUUUGCUUUGUUCAAUAAUUCUAUAUAUAUAUCUUUAAAAUUGUUUAUGUUAAGCUUGACCUUAACCUUAAUUGAGAGAGAAAACAGAGUGAGCUAUCCAUAGUUAGAUUAGGCUUUUUGGAGCCAGAUCUUUCCCAUAUCAAUUUGAAUUGAAAGAAUUAUAUCUGAAAGAAAAAUCAAAAUAUAGGUUUUUAAAUCAGGACACUGGAGAACACAAUUCUAAUGGAAUCCAAAAAAGUCCUUGUUCAUUAUUACCUACACCAAAGCCUCUUUAAAGCACCAAGUGUAAAUUUGGCUACUUUGUAGAAAAUUUUUGGAAAUCAACGCCUUUAAUCCACCCCCACCCCACCCCAAAAAAACAAACUCAACCACUACCGUUCCACUGCCUGGAGCCUUCUGACCUCUUUACACAUUUUAAUUAAGAUUAUUCUUGAAUUAGUCAUGACCGACAAAACGUGUAAAUUCCCCUGAAAAUCUAAUGAACGAAUUCAAAUCAUUAAUGAUGAGUUUCCUCAUCACAAUACAAAACAAGAAUGUAACAGAACAAUGAAUAUGGUAUUGAAACAAAAAACCGCUACGGGCUAAAGACUGUCCAUUCUCAAAAUCGCUGGUCUUGAUUUCUGGAAACACAAAUCAUUAGCUUGAGCCUACCAUUGCUCUGAAUUAUUCUUGAAUUUGAGCGAUUUUGAGCUAGAAUACCUUAUGACACUAUAUUCUUCUAAAUUUUUUAUCCUCUUUUGUAGAUUUAUCAACCCCCAUUUCCCGUUACUCCCCCCCCCAACCCAAACAAGUUUCUUCUGGUCUCAGACAGAAAAAAAUGGUCAUUGGUUUAUGAAGUUAAUAUUCUCGAAACGAUUUUACAUUGCUGAGUGUGCUUCCCUUUUGGCAGUCAAUAUAUAUUUUAUUACUUUGAUUGUAUCUUUGUGGAAACUGUUUUUGUGUUUGUGGAUGUGAUCAUUCGUCAUUACCGCUGGUUGCAACAUUCAUAAGUUGAUGGUAGCGAUUUAAUGCUUGU